AUGGCUGCAAAGAAACCGAUUGCGGUAGUUAUUGGUGUCGGUCCAGGCUUAGGAGCAUCAUUGGCCAGACGAUUUGCUACCGGUGGUUAUUCUAUUGGACUCAUUGCACGAAAUGAAAGCAAUUUAGAACCAUUACAAAAAGAACUUGAACAACAAGGUCAUACAGUUUUGAGUGUGAAAGGUGAUGCAGGUGAUGUUUCAUCGAUCAAAAAUGCUUUCAAUACCAUUCGAACACAGCUUGGAAACGAUCCAGAAGUUUUACUUUACAAUCCAAGCGGAUUCGUUUACAAAAGUAUUUUGGAUUUGAAACCGGAAGAACUUCAAAAUUCGUUGAAUAUCAGCGUCGUUGGUGCUUUAGCAGCUAGUCAAGAGGUUUUGCCGGCAAUGGUUAAAAAUGGAAAAGGAACAAUUUUAUUCACAGGUGCCACAGCCAGUCUUCGCGGUUCAUCGAAAUUCGCGGGUCUCGCCGCAUCAAAAUUUGCUCUUCGCGCUUUAGCACAAUCAAUGGCACGUGAGUUGGGUCCACAAGGUGUACAUGUCGCUCAUGUUAUCAUCGACGGUCAAAUCAAUACGCCUCGACAAGUUAAAGGUCAACCUGACAAGGAUAUCGAUUCGUUUUUAAACAGCGAUGCGAUUGCUGAAACAUAUUGGCAAUUACAUGUUCAACCUCGGUCAACAUGGACUCAAGAACUUGAUCUCCGCCCAUAUAAUAGUCUCUGUGAAAACAUUGACAAGACAUCUGCAGAAGUCGUUAACAAAGACAAAUUAAACUCGUCGAUUGACGUCAAAGAUCGAUCAAUAAAGUGGGUAUGGAGGAAACAGAAAUUAGUAGCAAAAUUAUGCACGAUUUUCCUAUCAUUGAAAGAACAUAACAUAUCUUCGAUAAUGACGAAAAAUCCCGUGAUAAAAAGCGACUUCAUCCACGGAAAUUUAUAUUCAAUUUACACUUACCCAUUGACUGUUUCUACUAAUCUUGCUAAUCUCUCACCUAGUCAAAUUGAUCAACUUUGUUCAUAUGUUUCACAAUUACCACAAAAACAAGAACCCGCAUCGGAGACAAAGACUUCAACAGAAAAACGCUUUGCAAUGCCAUUUCCUGAUAUGAAUCGUUUUCUAUCUACAAGUCAUAAAAUUCAUCAUAAUCAUGAUAAUGAACCGCUGACUAAAAGCGGAACGGAAACGAGUGGUUCCAAAAAACAUGACUUUCAUGCUUACUUAUGCAGUAUAACAAAAGAUUCGGAAGAGAUGACAAAUUUUAUCAGUGUUUUUAUCAAAGAGCAUGGAGAACCGCCUGCGUUCAAUCUGUUCGAAUCAUGUGAAGAAGUUUCGAAACGUGAUCUGUCACAAUAUGAAAAGAAGGAUGAAAUCUCUGCAGUUAUUCGUAUCAAUGAACUAUCGCAAUUCUGCUUGAAUCGUCCGCAAACACGAUUUUCUAAACGCUGGAAACAUUCGUCAAAUCGUAUCCAUAUCCAGCUGAAAUGGAUCCUUAUCUCGUCGGAAGAUGAACAAUCAAAGAUAUUUGAAAAAAAAACUAUGAAAGAGACCGCAGCGAUGAUCAGCAUAUAUUUCUCGGAAGAGAGUGAAAAAACUAUGUUCGGUCUGAUUGUUUUAUUAAUUACAUUAACUCUAAUCACGCACAGUUGUUGUGACCCAUCAACAGCGAAUCUUUACAUUGAUGAACAACAAGAACAAUGUUCACAACAAUCAAAUGACGAUUCAUCGUGUACCGAUGGAAAGAUUUUCGAUCAAUUAACGUCGUCAAACCUUCAUUCGGAAAAAAUGGCUGAUGCUACUGAACGUUCAUUUAUCAUGAUUAAACCCGAUGGUGUUCAACGAGGACUUGUCGGUGAUAUCCUCCGCCGUUUUGAACAACGUGGUUACAAACUCGUGGCUCUUAAAAUGAUCCAAGCCCCACGAGCUUUACUCGAAAGCCACUACGAAGAACACAAAGGCAAGAAAUUCUACGAACCACUCUUGUCCUACAUCGGCAGCGGACCAGUCGUUGCUAUGGUUUGGGAAGGUUUAAACGUUAUUACAGUUGGUCGUAAGAUGCUUGGUGCUACUGACCCGGCUAAAUCUGAACCUGGUACCAUCCGUGGUGACUACGCUAUUGUUACCGGACGUAACAUUGUUCAUGGUAGCGAUUCCGAAAAAGCCGCCAAACGUGAAAUUGACUUAUGGUUCCGUCCAGAUGAAAUCGCUAACUGGCCACACACUGCUGAACGAUGGAUCUAUGAAUAA